AUGCCAGCUGUUGGCAGGAACUACCACACUAUUGCUGCUGAGAAGCAACGCCAACGUCAGAGCAAGGUUCCCAAGGAGUGGCUUCUCUCUGAAACUUAUCAUGGCAUUACCAACUUGAUGGAAGUCCCGUUGACUUGCGGGAUUCUGAGCGAAGAGGAGCGUCUAAUCACCUCCAAUCAUGACGCCACGUCCCUGUUGGAGAAGCUAAAAAGCGGUUCUUGGUCUGCAGAACAGGUCACGAUUGCUUUUUGCAAACGAGCUGCCAUUGCUCAUCAGCUGACCAAUUGCCUGACGGAGAUCUUUUUCGAUGAAGCGAUGAAGCGAGCUCGUGGACUUGACCGUGAGCGACAAGCCGAUCCCACAAAACCCAUUCGUCCGUUGCACGGUCUUCCUGUGUCUCUCAAGGAUAGCUUUCAGGUGUCAGGUUAUGACACGUCAACAGGUUUGGCAUGCUUCGUUGACGAACGCGCCGAAGAAGAUAGUGCUACUGCAGCAAUGCUACUUGAUCUGGGGGCAGUACUGUAUUGCAAGACUAAUGUCCCACAAUCGAUUAUGACUGCUGACAGCGAUAACAACGUGUUCGGCAGGACAUUGAAUCCUCGCAAUACUGCUUUGACGGCUGGUGGGAGCACCGGUGGUGAAGGAGCCCUGAUUGCUCUCCGAGGCAGCGUGCUUGGCGUCGUCCGGCGUGGCCUGAAGAAAGCUUAUGAUCUUCUGCAACCGUGCAGCAAAGUCGAGCUUGUUCCUCUUACUUUGCCAAAUGUUCAAAGGCACUACAUCGAUCUACUGAAGUAUUUUACAUUGGAUGGUGCGAAGAACUAUUUUGAGCUUUUCGCUCGCACAGGCGAGCCGGAGGUGCCCUCCCUUAAAGCCAUUGGCCUCUCGUCUAUGAAGAGCACUGACCUGCUCGGUUUCUUCGAUCUCAAUGUACGUCGUCAAGCUGCAGCACGAGACUACCAACGAUUGUUCCACAGCAACGGUAUCGAUGCGAUACUGAUGCCGCCCGCGCCGCACACAGCCUUGCCUCCCGAUCAAUGGACCUCGGCCACGUACACUGGCUUGUGGAAUUACCUUGACUAUCCGGCCAUUGUCAUUCCUGUCGAUAUGGUUCGCCCGUCCGAUGUGGCCGACGAUAUUAGCAAUGCGAAAUACGGUGCUGAAGAUUCCCGCUUGUACAGGCUCUAUACUGGACCCAAGCUUUAUAAGGACGCUCCUAUCUGCGUGCAGUUGGUUGGGUACCGCUAUGCGGAUGAAGCGCUGAUGCAUACAGCGUCCUUAGUGAAUUCGAUUGUCAAUGGUCUGGAGUAA